AUGCUCGCGACGUCCGAGCUGCUGACGCUCGGCAUCCCUGCAGUCCUCGCUGUCUGUGUCGCGGCACUGCUCGUUGCUCGGCGCAACCCAUAUGCCCACCUUCCAGGUCCACCGCCGACGAGCUGGCUCUUUGGCAACGGGAAGGAAGCAAUGGAUUUUGCACUGUGGGAGCAAGACGGCGGCUUCGGGGAGCCCCAUGCUAACGGGAGCAUCUUCUACUACCGGAUGCUUCACAUCUACCGCGUCAUCGUCACGGACGCGAACGCGAUCAAGCACUCGCUUCGCAACAAGAACCCGCGCGAGAUCGAAGCGUACAACAACCUCGCGCCGUCCUUCUUCACCAUUAUCGGCUUCGUCUUCGUGCCGUUUUACAAGUACCUCCCGUUGGCUUCGAACCGGCGCCGAGCCGAGGCGCAGUCCGUGCUGGAAAGCGUCAUUGACCGAGUACUUCAGCAAAAGCUGUCUGCUCUCAAGACAGAACGGACGGGCGCCCCGAAUGACAUUCUGGACCUCAUUCUCGCCCAUGCGUCCGGCAUGUCGAUGGCCAACAUUCGAGCGUUGCUUCUCAUGUUUAUGAUUGCUGGGCACGAAUUCGUCGCGCAGCACCCACAAGUCGCAGAGAAAGUCAAGGACGAGUGUUCGCGCAUGCGCGGUGAAAGCACGGACGAGACUCCGAGGUGGGAGCAGCUCGGUCAACUCUCAUACCUCUCGGCCGUCAUCCACGAGACGAUGCGCAUGACGCCAACGUUGGCGGACGUAUCGCGCGUCGCACUCGAAGCUGACGCUCUGCCUAUGGAUGGCGGCUCUUGGGUCGUCAUUCCAAAGGGCGCCAACAUCUACUUUGACAUUGUCGCGAUCCAUCGCAACCCGACGUACUGGAGCCAACCCGACGAGACGAGUCGAAUCUACUCAUAUCUCGCAGAACGAUUCAUUGAAGGCACCGAUGUUUACGAAGCAGACUUGGUGCUGCGUGGCGGCAAGCCCAACACGUUUUGCUACUUUCCUUUCGGCCUCGGCGACAAGAAUUGCAUUGGAAGUCGCUUCGCCAUGGCCGAGAUGCUUGUCGUGCUCUCUACUCUCUUCGCGAGAUACCAUGUGGCGCUAACACCUGCUGCCAACGUCAACGUCCGCAAACUAACUGCGACGAUCACGCCCAUGCACCUCGAGGUCUCGCUAUCGUUGCUCCCGCAUAACUAGCUAACACCAUGUCAUUUGAGCUCAUCGAU